AACUCAUCUAUUGUGAAUAGAUUUUUUAUUUCCCAGCUGAUAACGAUAGCGUUAACAGUUUGUUGACUAGUUGUAAAAUAAGAGUUUUAAAUGGGAAGGACUUCGAAGGAUAAACGAGACAUCUUCUACAGACUGGCCAAGGAGCAGGGCUGGCGGGCGCGAAGUGCCUUCAAACUGCUCCAGGCAGAGGAAACGUUCCACUUCUUGGGCGGUCUCACCCGUGCCGUGGACCUGUGUGCCGCUCCUGGUAGCUGGUCCCAGGUGCUGGCCAAGCACAUGUAUGAGCCACUGCCUCCAGAGGAGCGGGAUAAAGUGAAAAUCAUUGCAGUAGACCUGCAGGGAAUGGCACCCAUUGAAGGCGUAACACAACUCCGGGCGGACAUCAGCAAGGAGUCGACGGCGGAGGCUAUCAUUGAGUUCUUCGGCGGCGAGAAGGCACAAAUUGUGGUCAGCGAUGGAGCCCCCGAUUCCACGGGCAUGCACGACUUUGAUGCCUACGUUCAGGGCGAGCUGCUCCUCUCCGCUCUGAGCAUCUCAACCUUCAUCCUGGAGACGGGCGGCACUUUUGUGUCCAAGAUUUACCGGGCGGACAGGACCAGCCGGCUGUACACUCAGCUCAAGCGCUUCUUCAAGGACGUGUGUGUGUUUAAGCCAUCCGCUUCGCGGAACUCUAGCAUUGAGGCUUUUGUAGUGGCCCGACAGUUUUUCCUGCCCGAGGGCCACAAGCUUUGUAACCUAACCAACGAAUGGCACGAUCAUCCCGAGACGUGGGUGUGCAGGAAGAAAGAGAACCCGCCUGUUGUUCACGUUCCCUUUGUCGCCUACAAAGGUGAUCUGGACUCGGAUCGCACAUACGACCUGGGCGAGGACUAUGUUUACAAGGAUCCAGUGCAGCAACCUUUGACUGCCGCUUAUCAGGAUAUUCUGAAGAAAACCAGUCAAAUCAAUAUUAAAUACGAAGGCAUCCGAGUUGUACAUGACGAGGAAUUGCUUAAGGAAUGGUAUGCGGCAGGAGAAGGCCUGAAUUCUUCUAAUGACGAUGAUAUUGGUUCUAAGAAUCCAGAAACUAAGAAAGGUGAAACUAAGUAAAGAAACUAGAAAUAAGGGAAUUGAGUGUUGAGAAUAAAAACAGAUGU